AUAAACUUUAUUUACUCUGAUGGUUAACGAUAAACUGUGAGGGGGGUCAGCACUGAUCCACUACGGUCCGUUACACCACUAGUGUUUGUGUGCUCCCAGUCUUAUACCAUUCGUGACUGAUGAGACCGCUCGGCGUAAACGUAUCAAAAGACGUGUUUUAAAAUGAGAACGUGGUAUUGUGGCUGUAACCUCACGAGAGUCACGUAAAGAUGUCGACCUUUAACCUUUUGAUCUUGUCCUCAGCACACCGACAUGCCGGAGGAGAUGAGGGUGGAGACCAUGGAGCUCUGUGUGACGGCCUGUGAGAAGUUUGCCACCAACAACGAAAGUGCAGCGAAGAUGAUCAAAGAGUCCAUGGACAAGAAGUUCGGCAGCUCGUGGCACGUGGUGAUCGGAGAAGGCUUCGGCUUCGAGGUGACGCACGAGGUGAAGAACCUGCUCUACAUGUUCUUCGGAGGGAGUCUGGCCGUGUGUGUGUGGAAGUGUUCGUAGCCCCGGAGGCCCCGCCUCCUCUGGACGAGGUCACUGCGCUGGGAACGAAAACACCGGCUGGCAGCCUGUCGCCGGUCUGUGUGACGCCGGCUGCUGUGGCAGAAAAUAAAAACCCUCUUUUGGAGAUCUCUCUCUUUCCGUCCGUCUCUGAAGCUGUAACCACGGAUCUGAACAUUUGUGAGCGUGCAUGUGAAACAACACAGCCACAGUCCUCAAUCCUCCUCUUCAGGGAGUGUGUGUGUGUGUGUGUGUGUGUGUGUGUGUGUGUGUGUGUGUGUGCUGGACACGCACUGUUUUAUGUUUGCUUUUUUUAAACAUCAUUUCAUCGUCUCCUCUCUUUCUCUCUCCGGCUGCAACUCGUCUUUCAAUAAGAUUUGUAAUAUUUUUUAUCUGUACAUAUUUUGAUGCAACUUGAAGAACCCGACCGGCCUUCAGUCUGUGAAGGUGUUAACAAUGUUUUCAUGUUGAGGCCAGUUUUAAUGAUCCAAUGGACCGCUCGGUGUGAAUUAACCUGAUUGUACAAUAAACUGAAAUGUGCUGAAGUAA